AGCAUGCUGUGUUCAACCUCCAGCAUGAGAGAGAGAGACUGUUGUGUUGGAAGUCACACAGGUAGGUGUCACAAAGCCCAUAUACAGUCCAGGUAGUCUGACCACAGGGUGCAGACUCUACCCACCAGUGCAGGCACUGCCUUUGAAGGGUGAUGUUACAAAGAGAGUGAGCAGAGGGAUUGAAGCAGGUCCUGAAGGUCAAAGUAGUGAGACACUACUGAAUGUGGGAGCAGCUAAAGGUGUGCCUGUGAAUCAGCGGAUCUUGGGAUCUGAAUGCCUUUCUGGAUGAGCCAGAGGUCAGGAGCUGAGAUGUCACCUGGUCCUCCCAACAGAAGCCAGAGGUCCCUUUUGGAUGUUCUGUGCUCAAGCUCUUUCCUCCCUCCCUAGCACUGUGAGGGGUGUCAUCUCUCUCCCAAGAUAACAGAGCCACCUCGGCCCUCUUCCUGUGGCUAUUCUGGGCUUCUCUCUGAUCCUCCUCUCUUCCCCUAACCCAUACUUCACCCUUCUGCUGGGGGUAGGUAGGUGGGGAAAAACCAGCCCACUUACAUAAGCCUGUGGCUGGGACCCCAGAGGCCAGUCUGCAGAGCAGGUGCUCAGCCCCUCCCUCACCAACAGUGACAGUCGUCUGCUGGAGCCCAGCCUCUGGGUUGGCCCAACAUGGAGUCAGCCACAACUCCAGAGGUGGCCUUAGGCUCCAAGCUGAAAGUGGAAGAAGCCCGCCCAGCCGAUGCUGAAGGACCUCGGGUUUCACCUCAGCAGGGGCCGUGCAGCCCCACUCCCCAGCUCCUGCCUCAAAUAGAAGAGCACCCCAAGAUCCGGUUACCUUCAGCCCUGAGGCAGACCUACAUCCGGAAGGUUGGAGACACAGUGAAUCUACUAAUCCCAUUCCAGGGUAAACCCAAACCUCAAGCCACCUGGACACAUGACGGACAUGCCUUGGACACCACUCGAGUGAGUGUGAGGAAUGGGAUACAAGACUCCAUCCUCUUCAUCCGAGAAGCUCAACGUGCUGACUCAGGCCGCUACCAACUCUGUGUGCAGCUGGGUGGACUAGAGGCCACUGUCACUGUUAACAUCCUGGUGAUCGAGAAGCCAGGCCCUCCGCAGAGUAUUAAGUUGGUGGACGUUUGGGGCUCUAACGCUAACCUGGAAUGGUCAGCUCCCCAGGAUACAGGCAAUACAGCACUCCAGGGAUACACAGUGCAGAAGGCUGACACAAGAUCUGGGCUGUGGUUCACUGUGCUGGAACAUUAUCACCGCACCAGCUGCAUUGUCUCUGACCUCAUCGUGGGCAACUCCUAUGCCUUUCGCGUCUUUGCUGAAAACCAGUGUGGACUCAGUGAAACAGCCCCUGUCACUGCCGACCUUGCUCACAUCCAAAAAGCAGCUACUGUUUACAAGACCAAGAGUUUUGUUCAGCGAGACUUCUCUGAACCCCCAAAGUUUACCCAGCCUCUGGCAGACUGCACUACAAUCACUGGCUAUGAUACCCAGCUCUUCUGCUCUGUUCGAGCCUCUCCCAAGCCCAAGAUCAUCUGGCUGAAGAACAAGAUCAAAAUCCAAGGCAACCCUAAAUACAGAGCCCUCAGUCACCUGGGAAUCUGCUCCCUAGAAAUUCGAAAGCCUGGUCCCUUUGAUGGAGGGAUCUAUACUUGCAAAGCAAUUAAUGCCCUGGGAGAGGCAUCUGUAGACUGUCGGGUGGAUGUGAAAGACUUCCUAACUAUCACCACGGACUCCCCAAAGCUUAAACUAGAAUAUCCCUCUCUAAUGCUCUGAAAGAAGGUUUCCCAGAGAUUUCUGAGAUGUUAACAUUGAGAAAUGUCUGCAUUCUUGCAGCUCCUUAUUGAGACAACUGACAAGGACCCAGUGCCUGAGAAAGGUAAGGAAAGAAGGACAGGGCAUCUCAAUAGAUUAUUGUUGUCCAAUCUCGGACAGAUAUUCCUGAGCCUCUCAACUAUAUACCCCUUGGUGGCCACUUUUUAAAAAACUAAUACUAUUAGCCCUGUGGAGGGAAUUUGUCAUAGAUGAAGUCUGAUUUUGUCACAUCGUUUAUAUGUCUGUACUCCCCAAGUUGGUCACAGGAAUCAAACCUGAUGGUCCUCUGAAGAAGGGUAAGAAUUUCUACCUAAUUGUGAGGGGUCCGUGGGAGGAUGUGGGCAGGUACUGUGAGAAAAGAUGUCAAGAGAAUGGUUAAGAGUGAAGGAAUAAGAGCUGGGGAUUUAGCUCAGUGGCUCCAUGCCUGCCUCGCAAGCACAAGGUCCUAAGUUCAAUCCCUGGUACCAAAAAAAAAAAAGAGUGAAGGAAUAGACAAGAGUAUUCACCACAGGGUACCAGAGUGAAUAGGGACAGGAUUAAGUAUUUCUACCUCAGUUUUAUAAAGGUAACUACAGAUUAACUUGUUUAUAUUUUACAUUUCACAGCACUUUAAAUUUCAUACAUUCUUUCCUAAGAGAAGCAUAGCACUUUUUUUUUUCUUUUUGAGACAGGGUCUCACUGUGUAGUCCAGGCUAGCCUCAAACUCACUAUGUAGCUCAGGCUAGCCUCAAACUAGCGCCAAUCCUCCUGUCUCAGCCUCCCAAGUGCUGGGAUUAUAGAUGUGCACCACCACACCCGGAUCACCAUUUUUAUUAUAUGUUAACAAUAAUUUAACAUUUGAUUAGGAGGUUCCCAAACAGCUCAUUAUUGGCCAAGGGCUGACAGAUCAUCAUUUCGAAUCUGGUAGCUCCUUCAAAUUCUAAAUGAUUCACGGUAAAAAAAAAAUGUGUUAAAUUGAUGAGUCAGAUGGAGGAAAAAAGAAGCUUGUGAGAGAAUGAAAGAGAGCUAGCUCUCAAUGUCUCCUCUGCCUUGUAGCUCCUGGCUGAGGAAAACUGAGAAUCAAUUCAAUCCCCUAAGCCAUUUAUUUAAGCCCAUCUUUGAUACAGGCAAAUAAAAACCCUAAGAGAUGCAUUAAAAGCAUAAAUUCUCCUCAGGAGAGCUCACUCUGCCAGCUGGCUUGGGAAGACAGUUCUGUCCUCUCUGCUCACUCUGGGUUAGUGCUGUGUUCCAUCGGUGCUCAUGUUAGCUCCCCGCCCCCAUCUCGGUACCCAGCGAUGAUGGGGACAGUAGUAAGUAAUGAAUCCAUAGCACAGGACCGAGGCAGGGGCCAUGAGGAAGGACAGCUCCGCAUCCCACACAUGCUCUUGCUGUUUGCUACGAUGGCUACAACACACCCUCUCUUUUCAGGGUCCCUAGGAAGCCUACUUGGGACAAGACUGUAUUCUUGACACACUUGAACACAAUAUCUGAUUUGGAAUAAUCUAAAUAAAUGUGUGGAUCCUCAGUGUAUAAGUGUUCUGUUUAAGAUGUUCCAUAUGGGGAAAACAUUUAGAAAGUUGGAAUCCUUUAGGCAAACUCUAUGAAGUUCCAAGACCCUAAGGCUCCUCUUUCUCUUCCCAUAUCCACAUUCUCUUCCAUAGAGGCUCUUACACUGUCCUAGACGGUCUAUGACAGAAUGAAUUCAACUCUACAGUAGGAGAUGCUGGAAAGAGGAGAAAAUGACUUGCUCUCUUCCUCUAUGGGCUUUCCACUAUAAGUGGUGGUAACAGGGUGCACAUCCACCACAAAGCAGCAAACAGCAGAACACAUACACACAUACACACACAUGCAUACAUAGCUAAUUAAAGACAUACCCCUAAGCCCUGAGGGCUGGAAUGUGAGUUUCCCUUGCUUAUAUUUGUUUUCAUUCUUAGAACAAAUAAGACAUUGAAGGCUGCUGGACAUGGUGCCACAUGCUGAAGCAGGAGGAUCACAAGUUCAAACCCAGACUGGGCAACUUAGCCAUUUAGAGGGACUCUAUCCCAAAAUAAAAAAUAAAAAAGGCCUGGGGAUAUAAUUCAGUAUGAAAGUCUUGGGUUCAACCCCUCCCUUGAAAAAAGAUACUGUGAUGGGCUCUGCAAAAGUUGGCAACAGUUCAUCCCAUCCUUGUAGGGCCAGGCACUCCUCCCAUCAAGAGCUGUGCUCUGUUUCCCCUUCUCCUGAGUCACGUGACUUCUGUGGCAAAAGUAACACCUAGCUCAGGUAAUGCUGUAACAAUUCCGGGUCUGGUGCAGGGGUGCAGUAGCUUUACUAUUUAAGGUGUAAUAGUUUUUUCUUUUGUUCUUGGAAGUCAGCUCUCAUACAAAGACUCUCAGGCUCCAUUACUGAAUUAUGACUGGCCACACAGGGGACAUCAAAACACGAAAGACACCAAAGCAUCUGACAGCCGGCACCAUGGCGCCAGACACCCGGCCACAUAAGAUCCUUCAGGCCUGGUCAGGCCUAAUCAACCUUGUGGACUUGAGACAACUUAUCCCUGCAGAGCCCUCCCUAUGUAUAAAAUCAUGAACAAAUGAAUAGCUGCUGUUGUUUCAGGUCACUACUUUUGGAAGUGGUUUAUUACAUAAUAAUAGAUAACUGUGGCUAAGGAACAGCUCAGUGAUACAGAACUUACCUACCAAGCUCAAGUUAAGGCCCUAGGUUUGAUCCUUCACAUCGCAAAAAUAAAACAAACAUACAAGAAACUGAAACAGCCUUCUUUGCAUCACAUACUGAAUUAAAUGCUUUAUCUCUUUUAAUCUGUAUUUUACAAAUGAAGAAGUUGAAGUUCAUAAAUCUCCCAAGUCAUGUAACUGGUAAGCAGCAGAGCUGGGAUUUAACUCCAAGGCUUUUGUGUUUCCUCUCAUCUCUUUCACCUAGUGGGUAUGGGUUGGAAUUAUCAGUUUAAGAAAGAAAAAUUUUUCCAGGCGACUAUAAAUAUUAAGCAAGAUUUUGAAUAGGAAAGAGAUGUGAUUUGGUUAAGAAGAGUGCACAAAAGUUUUUUCUGUUCAGACCAAAUGUCCAGUCUCAGUUGAGCCAAAGUGCCUUUCCCAUGAGGAGGAGUUUCAUGAGAACUAAGCCUGUGUCACAAGGCAUCCACUGUAUGUCAUAAGUUAACUUCUUCCUAUGCAUCUAGGAUGUUAAUGAGAUGGGAGAUUAAGGUGUGGCAAACCGGCUGAGCAAGUGAGCAUGACCUGUCAAUAAGGGAGAUCCAUGAAAUGCACAGAAAAGCAGUUCCCAAAGCCUUGCACCUGGGACCAAUUAGAGGAUGCUAUCUUUAGUUCCUCCAGCAAGACGGAAGCAGGCUUUUGACAGGACAGCUUAGAGCUGAUGUCAGCCAAGGAGUGGGUAGAUAAAAAAAACAGCUGCCAUUGAGCUCUUGGCCACUGUGUUCUUCCUUUCACAAGUGGCCCGCUCUCAGCCUGCAGAGGGUACUUCUUUUUCUACUUUUCAUUGGCCCACAUUUGCUCUUCAGAGCAUGUUUCUUUUCCUACCUUUAAUAAAUAUAAUACUUUGCUACCUUU